AUGGAAACACUAGUAGCAAAUCAGGAAUCCGUGAAGGUUGGAAUUAUUGGAGCUGGUGCCAUUGCCAAGGGAACUGCAGCCCUCUUGUGUCGAGCGGGGCAUGAUCCCAUGAUUUGGUCUCCCUCGGGCAAGGCCACGGAUGCUUAUUCUAACCACCAAUACCACCAAGUACAAUUGAUUGCCACUGGAGCCAUACAAUUGGAAUCAUCCAUUCGGAUAGCACAAACCGCCCAGGAACUAGUCGCGGAGAAUGAUGUGCUGGUAUUUGCCUUGCCAGCCAAUGGUCACAAGAAAGUAUUCGAAGACCUCGCUCCGUUUGUGAGAUCCGAUCAACCUUUGAUCAUUUCCUCGCAUUCGUCGUUGGGAGCCCUCUAUUUGUCGCAACUCUUGCAACAGCAUCGACGAAAGGGUCCAACGUCGACGACUCCUUGUAUCACGGCGUGGGGCACGACCGUUUGUACGGCACGAUCGACGGCGCCUUUAUUAUUGGAGGAAUCAGUAGAAGCACAAGGACCCAUGAUGAUGAUGGUGCGGAUCAAUACGAUUCGCGAAAACGUGGAUACCUGCACGAUACCUUCCACCUUGCAAGAACCAGCGACCCAAUUGUGCAAACAUUUGUUUACAUCCAACAGAAGCAAUGAUCAAAUCAUUGAAUUCCGACCACGACAAGGUUUGUUGGCAAUAUCUCUGUCCAACUUGAAUCCGCAAAAUCAUCUUGGGAUUGCCUUGGGCAACAUUAGUCGGAUGGAAAAGGGCGAAACUUGGUAUCAGUUUGAAAACGUGACGCCAACAAUCGGCCGAUUCUUGGAACAACUGGACCAGGAAAGAUUGGAGAUUGCCAAGGAGCUGGAUCUGGAAGUCAAGACGAUCUUUGAGCACUUUUCGCAAAGUUUUCAUGUUCCAGUUACUGAUAGUAUCUCGGAUAUGAACCAAGUCAUUCACACGGAUGGGAACGAUGUCCAUGGUCCCGCCACGGUUGACAGUCGAUAUGUCACGGAAGAUGUUCCCUUUGGAUUGGUGCUUGUCAUUGUUCUGGGGGACUUGGUAGGCAAACCAGCGAUGUUGCAUCGAUCAGGAUUGCAAAUUUUAUCUGCCAUGUAUGCUCGUGAUUUUAUGAACGAAAAUGAUCUCUUGCAAGUACUGGAUUUGACAAGCUACCAGUUGCAAGAGUUGAAGGAAGCAGCACUCUCUGGAAACUUGAAAACGGUGAUAAAGGCCAAAAGCAAAAGCAAUUCAAUAUAA